AUGUCGUCUUCGGUGACGGUGAUGAACGAGAACGAGUUUCAGCACAUUAUCCGUGUGCUCAACACGAACAUAGAUGGCCACAAGAAGGUUGCCUACGCGUUCACGGCGAUAAAGGGUGUGGGGCGUCGCUUCUCGAUUUUGGCGUGCAAGCAGGCCGAAGUUGAUUUGGAUCGCCGAGCGGGAGAGCUGGCGCCGGAAGAGAUCCAGAGAAUAGUGCAGGUGUUGCAGAAUCCGCUGGAGUACAAGAUCCCUGUUUGGUUUUUGAAUAGGAGGAAGGACGUGAGGGACGGGACGAACUCGCAGUUGUUGGCGAAUAACGUGGACAUCAAAUUACGCGAGGACAUUGAUAUGAUGGUGAGGAUCCGGUGCCACCGCGGCCUGCGUCACUACUGGGGAGUUAGAGUGCGCGGACAGCACACGAAGACGACAGGGAGACGCGGCAGAACGGUAGGCGUGUCCCACAAGAAGAAGUGA